UGACCUCCCCCAAUUUCCAGAAUUUCUUUCUCUCUCUUCCUCCCUCCUCUCCUGUGAACGCUCUCUUUCUCUCUCUCUCUCUCUCUCUCCCUCAUCCUCCUUUCUCAUAUUUUCUUCUUCUAAUUUCAACGAUAUCUCUUCUACCUUCAAUUCUAGGUUUUGUUUUUCAAUUGCUUUUGUUGCCCAGGCAUGACUUAGUUCAGGCUGAUCUUGCAGUGGCCAACUUCAACAAGCUCUCGGUUACAAAUCUCCGGAGAUUGUUUACACAAAAGGGUUCUGAUUUCAUGGAUUCGCUGAAGUGGAUUAUAGAGAACUCAUCCCGGAGACAUGAAUGAAUUAGGGGUACAUUUAACAAUAGUUAGUAUCCAAACUUCGAAAGAUUUUGUAAGAGCAUGAAGUUUUUUCUAAGACAUUAGCAUCGAGUGUAGUCCCGAUUCCCCAGUGGAAAAUAAGAGUGAAUAACGAGUUUCCCGGGUAUGGUAAUCGUAAGAUGCCUUAAUACGGACUGGCUAAUAGUCACCAAAUAUAUAGUCUGAUUUUGGUUGAAGCUACACAAUGAUUAAGGUAGCCCUGUCUGAGGGCUGCUAUAUGUCAAUUUUUAGCUGUGAAUUGGGUUUUGUAAUGCUAAAAGUAGGUAUUGAAAAGCAAAGGAAGAAGCAGCAAAUGCAGCUUGGGAAGCCAAAGAAGCAGCAAAACAUGGAUUAGGGGCAGCAAUAGCUAAGACAUCAGAAUUGGGUUCCAAGGCUCGGGAAAAGUCUGUGUAGGAGUUGGGGGUAACAACCCAGUUCAUGUCAGAGAACACUCGUCCAGUUGUUCAGACAACUGCUGAGAAAGCCCAACAUGCCAAAGAAGCGGUGGCGGCUGCAGGACAUAAGUCUAUAGAGUACACCGGAGAGAAGGUCGUCCAAGCUAAGGAUACUACUGUAAGCUACACAAAGACUGUGGCAGGGUACGUGGGAGAGGAGGCGGUUGUUGCAAAGGAUGUAGCAUUUCAAAUUGGUAAAACUGCAGCUGGGUAUACAGGGAAGGUCGUAGAAGAGGCGAAGGAUCGGGUUGUAGUUGUUGGGUGGGUAGCUGCCCAUUACACUACAGAGGCUGCAGUAGAGGCUACCAAGAUGGCAGGUGGAUACGUGAAGACUUUGGUACGCCUCAAAUGUAUUGGACUACGUAAACCAUCAGGCCAGAUUUUGCAUAAGCUAGAAGUUGUCAAAUUCAAAACUACAGCCCUUGCUCUGCUGUUGUUCAGUAGCUGAAAUUGCUCGUUGUUGUUUCCGGUCUACAGACUACUCAUUUUGGUUCUGUAGUUAGUUGUUUUGGUUCAGUCUUCUACUCGAUGAUUACUUACUUUCGAAUUAAUUCUAUUUACUUUAACAAGUUAUAUAUCUACAUUUUAAAUUGAACAUAA